CAAUAUUAUAAUAUAAAACGAAAGCUAUAUAUUAAAUUAAUAUUAUUUUAUGAAAGUGUACAUAGAUCUAUAUACGAUUUAAGAGUAUUUUACGAGGUAACUUUGUGGCCACUGAGAAAAUUAUCGCUAUUAAGAGAAAUAUACAUACAUCAUAAAAUUUAGAAACACCUCGCGCGAAACGUACGCGAGAAGGUUUGCCAAACUCCUUGUUUCGCGAGGGGAGAUGAGAGAAAUCUUCAAGGUCCAACUACCUGUCUGCAUCCGUAUCGUAAGGUUUUACAAUAUUAAAAGCCGCCUAUUGUUGUCGGCGGGACAGAUCUAUCGUAGCGGUAAUCCCCGUCAAAAUCUCACCGCGAUUCACAAUGCCAAAUUUUUCAACGACGUAUUAAUAAUGUUGUAGGUACAGAGGAAAAGUGAUACGUAAGAAAAUGAAUAUUGCAAUGUAGAAAUGAAAGAUGAUACGGCAGCAUAUAGUCUCCGUGUAUUUACGACCGAUAGUUUUUCUUCUUCUUCGUCUCUCCCUACGGAGGCGAAUUUUACGUUAGUGGAAUUUAAUCGCGAAUUAUUUUUGCAGAUUUUAUUUACUCGUUCAUUGCGUAUUCGCAAUCUUAUGUACAUGUAUGUAGAAAAUCGGGUAGCGACAAGAGGGAGAAAGAGAGGGAGAGAGAGAGAGAGCGAGAGAACGUUUAUUAUUACAUUAUUCUUGCUAUUAUUAUUAUUACUCUUAUUAUUAUCAUUGUUAUAACUCCCAUCUAUCUAUCCAUAUUGUCAGAGUAGAGAACGAAUCAAACCUUGUGAAAAAAAAGAAAGAAAGAGAAACUUUUUUGUAGUCUCAAUCAAUACUUGUUAGGUCUGCUCGAAAAAAACAAUCUUAUAUUCUCAUCUUGCGUAAUAAAUAGUGCUGUAAUAAUGAUAAUAUAUAUACACACACAUACACACAUACCGUAUACAGAAAGUAAUGUUAACAGAGUAUGGAUUUCAGCUUCCACUUGAUCGCGUGUGUCUUUUUAUUUUAUCGGCUUGCGGUCAGAUUGUUUCAUAUGAUUGAUCCAUUGUCACACUAAUGAUUGAGAUCUGCCAGAAGUCAUUGAUAGGUUUCCUCGACUUUUCAAGUUUAUCCAUAACGUAUAAUAAGUGAAGCUGAAAGUUGUCGCAAUACUCAACAAAAAAAAUAUCGAUCUGUGAGGACGCUCGACAGUGUUUGAGCGAACUGUCAAAAUUUUCGUUUCCUUCUUACCCUUACUAUUCACUACAGUCGUCAAACGGCGGAGGAGCGUAGUGCAUUUAAGUAUCGAGAAUGCGGAUAAAGAUGAAGAAAUCUUUCGGCUGUGUAAUAUCGAUAUUUUUUUUCUUUUCUUUUUUUCUUUUUUUAUUAACAUUACACGCUUGUAAAAGUUUGGCGGUUUGGAUGUGUAGUAUCUGACGAAAAUCUAAUGAGCGAGAAGUGUACAUAGCCGUCUAUUGCCAUCCGCGCAUCGACGUGACGUGUUAUAACGCGUUGAAUUAUAAUACGUCGCGUCAGCAUGUAAGAUGGCAAGGAAUCUCUUUUCAAUGGCAAUUAUAUCACGUUCGAUGUUGCGCUCACAAUGCAAGCGAACAUGGAGAAGCGUCGGAAGAAGAAUUCCCAGUAAAGGUUGCGGAUGUUUAGUGUAGCAGUGGAGCAAUCGAUUGUUAUAUGUCAUUUGUCACUUUUACGCCUUGUUGUUUUCCUUUUUCUUCUUCCCCCGAGGCAGUCAGUCGUAUCUUUUUAUAACCUCAAUAUAAAGUGUACCAAACACACACGUGGUACACACAAACAUGUACUCUUCUGCAUCUCCCUUAAUUGUCUCGACAUUUCAAACUGAUUAUACAAUAAAUAACGACUGAUUUGUAAUACAUAACACACGUGAGCGUUUGUAGCGUGAUUCCUUGCCCCGAAGUGAAUAAAAGAAAUGUAUUUCGCCUGAGAAUAUCCAUCGAUCAUCAUCCCGACGAGCCGAGUCGAGUUAAAGUAAGCGAGUUUAACGAGAAAAUUAUUCCACCGCGCGACAUUCCAUCCACUCUCGCUGCGAAAGGAUAUGGCUGAUGUGACGAUCAGUGAGUGAUUAUGCGAGUACGAUAAAUUGUGCGAAUAUUUUAUACAAGUGUGUGUCCGUAUGCGUCUCUCACAUUGGUCAGAAAUGAGUCGUUUGUGUCAGCGUUGUGUUAACGUCUAGAAACUUCGACGUACACGCGUCAAUUUUUCAACCAGUUAAUGUAACUCGCGCGUCUUGUUGUAUCAUGUCCGCCGAAAUCUUAACGUCCUCCGUCUUACUUGAAGAGUAGGCUUGAGUAAGACUCGUUUGAAAUAUGUUUGCGAACAAGCGCCAGUCUCCAAAAAGUCAUCCUCUUCAUUUUGAAAUCAAAAUGAUCCUUCUUAUCCCGCGCUAACGACACAGAGGAACAAGAAGCGUCGUCCCCUCAAGAAUCGCAAGGGUAUUCCCGUCUUCCGACUCGCCCGUCUCAGGAAAAUAUCGUCGCCAUCCACUCAUGCUACAAACACUACAGGCGAAGUAGACUGUCGAGACGCUCGGCGGUAAUUUACGCAAAGAGUAAUUGGCCGUCGCUAAGCGAGCCCGACCACGCGAUCCUUAGAUCCUUGUGUCUCUCGAGCAGACUUUGAGCGGCCAGUCGCAGCAAUUGCGGGAGACCCUGCGAGUCUACCUGAUGAGGACCCAAGUGGAGGAGGCUGUGACGGAGGACGAACAGGCGAGUCUGACGCAAUGUCUGGCCACGAUCGGCAACGCGUUCGACGCUCUCAUUCAGUACACGCAGUCUCUGAAGGUGUCGUGUCUCGCCAUGGGUAGAGCGCUCGACGUGGGUCACGCUCUGCUCGCUCUUCGUCCCGCUUCCGACGUGAAUCGCACGGACGAGGAUCUCCUAUUGUGUCGCAAACAGAUUCAGGUCGAGAGAGAGAAGAAAAUGUCGAGUCUGCGAGAGCUGAUCGAAUGCUGCUCCAGUAACGUGGUCCUACCUGAGGACGCGUGCACGUUGCUGAACAAUCAUACAAACAGGAGGAAGGACUUUCUCGUCGCGUCGGCAAACUUUGAAAGCCUGCUCGAAAAGUCGAGACUGUCGGUGUCGCAGAUGGAGAAGCUCCAUCGGCAGCACGAGACAAUCCUGGAGAACCUGCGACAGAGCAGGCGGCUCUUGGACUCGGAAUUGCCGAGGAUAAUUAAUUCGUACGUAAGCAGGACGAGUCUCGAGUGGCAGAGUAUUUAUCAAACUGAACGAUGAAACGCAGGCGGUUGCAAUCACUCCAGCGAGUCUUUCGCGAGGUCGCAGAAUUGUGCGAGGACGGUAACGUGCAUGUCACCAGUCUAUUCAAGUUGAUUGCGAUGAACCUCUGCCGAGUGAGGGACGUAGGUGAGCGCAAUUUUCAAGGGAAAUUUGUCAAAUAACGAGUCAAAAUAAAAGAAAAGUCAAUAUCUCGAGAAAAAGACCCUUAGAAAAGAUUACUUCAAA